AAGUUUGAUAGCUUCCAUUUCACGCGCCCCCUGCUUUUUGUUUUUUCACACUUUUAAGCAUUAACAAUGCUCAACUUCCCCUGCGUUUCCCGUCUGCAAUAUUUUCCUUGCCAUGCAAUAAUACUGCUGAAUAAGCAAAGAUGGCUUAUGUUCCACCGCACAGGAGAGUAAAGGCGUCGUCUAGUUCUUACAGGAGAGCACAGGCGUCGUCUAGUUCUCAAACCCCUAUACUAUAUUAUCUCCCAGAGGCGGACAUUGAUGAAGGAUCUGCCGUUUUCAUUUGGUUUGCUGUUGAUGCAAAUGUCAAUCCGCCACCUAAUUUGAAGCUUGAAUUCAAACCAUUUGCAGACACAUCAAUUCCACAUAUGCGAGACAAGAAGGUUUACACUAUUUCUGUACACUCCCAUCCUGUAAACGAUGUGAAAAAUGAUGUGAGAUCCUUGAUGACUAAUGAGACCUCUCCAUGGAGGUAUACAUUGAAGAAAAUAAAGGACGAUCUAAGAAAAUGUUUCCACAAACUUGAGAAAUAUAUCGAAGUGUCAGAGCCUUACUAUGCCAAGCCUUCUUUUACAGCUCGAUUUGGAAAAAUCAUAUUUCAUGGCCAUGGGUUAGCAUGGCAUGAAAGUUUCACAUUAGAAACCUUGGAGAAAACCUUUAGUGGUCAAAGAGGUCUUCAAACUCCAUCAAAGACAUUUGAUACAAACAUUCCGAAAGACAUUUUUGAAGCUGUAAAAGAAAAGGCCAUUAUAAGUUUUGCAUCACCGACAUUAAAAGAGAAAGUUGCGUAUUUGAUUUGGGUCAGGGAUGUUUUCAAUCCUGAUGUUGCUAUAAUGGUGACAUGUCGCAAGAAAGACAUGGAUGGUAAUCAAAUUGUUCUCAAGAAGAUUGAACUGGUUACUCUGAAACACUUACUUACAGAUACAUCUUGUUUGAACAAGCUGAUGGAUUGGCGCUUAUCAGUGACUGAAAAGUAUAUGGUAGAUCUGCAUGAAGAAGAUAAAGAAUGUAUUGAAGGAAUAGUGAAAUCUGCCUGCAUUGACGUGAGUGCAAGAGGAGGAUUACGCUGGCCCCCUGGAGUCUUGAAGAGAAACAGAUUUCAAGUCAGAGAAGUAUGUAUUCUCAAUGUUACCACUGUUGUUGGGAAAACAUGGGACAUCAAAUUUCAGCAUGCAAAUAAAGUACACUUGGAAGAUUCUUCUGCUUGUAGAGUGUCGAAUGAAAUAGAUUUAAAGCUCAAAAGUAUAAGCAAAUAUUUGAGGGAGCGGAGGCAAUGGGAGGAAGAGAACAUAAUGAACAUUCUGGAAGAUAGCUUGAAAUGGGUUUGGAUGGAAGGCUUGUCGAUAAUAUAAUGUUGUGCACAAAGAUUAGCAUUAACAAAUGCAUUCUGGGGGAGGUCGAGACAAUCAAGACCUAAUUUGAUGAACUAAUUCUUAAUUAAACUGAAUCUGUAUCUGUUUUUGCAUGCCAAUAUUGUUCUUAUCAAUGAAGUGAGUAAGCAUCUGAGUUACAAAUGAUUCUUGGUUACCUUGUUCUACACUGACAGCAUGGGGUUUAAUAGAACAUGUUAACUCCUGUGCCUUCUUUGUAGUGGUCAGUAAUAACAGUAUUUGAAUACUAUUUGUUCGUAGUUGAUAGAUAGAAUUAUAAUGUAUUAAUUAAAGAACAAGUCAUACGUGGGCACUGAAAAUUAGUGUUGUUAGACUAUAGUUUGAUUUGUGUUAAACAUAAUUAUGAUUAUAUAGUUGAAGUUAUUUUCAUUUUUUA